GAGUGUCAGUGUCGCAGUGGGUAUGAGCUUCAGGGUAAUGGAAGAAAUUGUACAGAGAUUAAUGAAUGUGCCACACAAAACGGAGGAUGUGAACACACGUGUGUCAAUACUGAUGGUUCAUUUGAGUGCCAGUGUAGAAGUGGCUUCCAUCUUUCCAGUGAUGGAUCAUUGUGUCCUGAUAUUGAUGAAUGCUCCAUGGGUAGCCAUGACUGUGAGCAGGUCUGCACUAAUACUGAGGGCUCAUUCACCUGUUCCUGUAGCAGUGAAUUUGAUCUCUCCAGCAAUGGAAGAACAUGCAACGAUAUUGAUGAGUGUGGGGUCAAUAACGGUGGUUGUCAGCAUGAAUGUAUCAAUA